AUGGAAAGGGUCGGUACAAUACUAUUUCUCAACCUUUUGUUCAUAACAUGCUUGUCCACGCAAUUAAUGGUACAGAGCGCCAUUGAAAACCCUAGGGAGAACAUUGACCAAUGGUAUCAAAACCUCCCCCAUGCACAACAGAAGCUGACCAUGCUGCACUUCUACUUGCACGAGGUCGUUUUUGGCCCGCAUCGGACCUUGGUGACGGUGGCCAACGCAUCCAACACCUCCACAACACCACCCUACUUCGGCCUAGUCAACAUCUUCGACAACCCCUUGACCAAGGGACCCAAACCCGGUUCCAAGCUCGUUGGUCGGGCGCAAGGGCUAUAUGGGUUUAGCUCGCAGGAGGAAGUGAGCCUGCUUACGGCUAUGAACUUUGUUUUCACGAGUGGGAAGCACAGCGGCAGCAGUCUCACCGUUUUGGGGCGGAACCCGAUUGAGCAGUCGGUAAGAGAGUUGCCCAUCAUCGCCGGAACCGGUGUUUUCCGGUUGGCGCAUGGAUUUGCAUUGGUCAAGACUUAUUUCCUUGAUACUAGUGGUGCCAUUGUUGAAUAUAAUGUUACAAUUUUGCAUUAUUGA